AUGGCCACCUAUGGUGAGGAACGCCGUGUGGCAGCCUUCUUGCUGAAGGCUGAAGGCAUGAAAAGGCACUUAUUUGAGUUACAUUUCGCCUUGCCAAAGCAACAGCAGGUGAUGUGAACGAAGAAAGGAAGAAUAAUAGGGUGUCUAACAAGACCACCUUUAUUUCUCAAAUGCAGAUUAAAACCUAUGCAACACCAAUCAAUGUGGUUGCUGAACUGAAGGAUUUGCAGUACAGAACAAAACUCCCUUCAGAAAUGGCACGAUAUGAUGGCAACCAGGGGCAAAACCCUAUGAAACCUGCAUGAUGCAACUGAGGCCUGCAUUUGUUGAAGUUAAAAUUCUUCUAGGACACCACCUGGGUGUGAUGUUAAUUCAAGAACUGCCCGCCAAAUCUCUGGCUAAAGAAUUUGGGUACGAGACUGGCCCGAACUUUGAAUGUUAGAAUGGUUAGCUCAUUUAAGAAUCUCUCUGCUUUGAACAUAUGUUGAUAGGUCAAUUGGUUAGAGUGUGGUGAUGAUGAUGCCAAGGUUGCAGGUUCGAUCCCCGUAAGGGACAGCUGCAUUAUUCCUGCAUUCCAGGAGGUUGAACUAGAUGAUGCUCAGGGUUCCUUCCAACUCUGUGAUUCUAUGACAUAUCAUAUGCCAGCCCUGAAAGGACUUUGGGCCAGGCCAAGCUAACAUUUUGCUAGAUCCAGGUACCAAAAUUCACCCUAUCCCACUAUUUGACCCAGCCUAGAAAGCAUCCUAGAAGGACGCAGGUGACGCUGUGGGUUAAACCACAGAGCCUAGGACUUGCCGAUCAGAAGGUUGGUGGUUCGAAUCCCCGCGACGGGGUGAGCUCCCGUUGCUCGGUCCCUGCUCCUGCCAACCUAGCAGUUCGAAAACAUGUCAAGUGCAAGUAGAUAAAUAGGUACCGCUCCGGCGGGAAGGUAAACGGUGUUUCCGUGUACUGCUCUGGUUCGCCAGAAGCAGCUUAGUCAUACUGGCUACAUGACCCGGAAGCUGUACGCCGGCUCCCUCAGCCAAUAAAGCGAGAUGAGCGCCGCAAUCCCAGAGUUGACCACGACUGAAUCUAAUGGUCAGGGGUCCCUUUACCUUUACCUUUUAGAGAGCAUCCUAACCAGCCCAAAUUCAAAGGAAUGGCCAUGAGUCAGGAUGACUGUACUGUAUGCUACUCUCAGGAUCAGAGGCAGCUUACCUCUGAAUGUCAGUCUCUGGGAUCAGGACAUUUUGGUCCUGGAGUCAAACUAUAAAAUGGUGACACCCCUGGCCAGGGAAGAAGGGAUUAGUGAUCUACAUAGGAAACAAGGGUGUGGUGGGGGAGACCAGCAAUGCCUCUUAUUUGCCAAGAGCAGGCAUCCCCAAACUCGGCCUUCCAGAUGCUUUGGGACUACAACUCCCAUCAUCCCUAGCUAACAGGACCAGUGGUCAGGGAUGAUGGGAAUUGUAGUCCCAAAAACACCUGGAGGGCCAAGUUUGGGGAUGCCUGGCCAAGAGGCUGCUGUAGAGGAGGCAUUGGUGGCAAUUAAAAUGGCAUUUUCUCUGUUUAAAUUACAAAGGAAGAAGUCGUUUAGGAUUUUUAAAUUUUGAGCAUGUCUGACACCAUAAUGAAAUUUCAAAACAGUAUGAAGAGAGGAGAAUGGAGAUAGACGUGAUGAUUUCUCUUGGUUUUUAAACGAUUAGCACUCGUCUAUUUAUUUAUUUAUAGUUAUCUUUCCGGCUGUUCUGAGCAACCAUAACUCGGAUGACUUGUUUUCUCCUCCCUGGGUGAAAAAUGAAGUUUGAAAGACCGUUCAUUACCUUCUUGGUAUGUGUUGACUCUGCUGAUUCUUCAUCUGCCAAAGUGGAUACCCUGGCUUCUGUCUCAUCCACAGACUUCUGGUAAGAAAAGUAAUUGAUCAAAUUAGCUGGCCUAUAAUCCCACACAGACUGCUUGCCACCACAGCUUGUUAACUUUCUACACAGUUUAUUUAGCUUUCAGAAUGACAUCAUGAAAAUCACCUCCAAUACAUCAAACGGAUAUGAAAAGAAACCCAAUCUGCCUCAAAGCUAUGCUAUUUUAAAGAUUAAAAUUUAGGCUUUCCAUUCACAGUUAGUGAGCUUAGUGCACAUUUUCUACUCUGCUUUUUGUUUGCUAGUAAUACUUUAUUCCCUACAGUUUUGAAAAACACAACCUUUCAAAGUCAACCUCCCAAACGCAAACCAAAGAUGGUAGUCUAGACAACAUUAAGUGUUUAACCAACCCUUUUAUAGCCUAACAUCGAUCUUUUUUGUUUGGAGGAAGCUGGGUCUUAAUUAUUUGGGGCAACUCUGGUGUGUUUCCAUUUAAUGGUGACAGAGAAUUUCACCAUUAAAUGUACCUCUUCUGGUUUCAUGUGAAGCAGGAAGUCAGGUGACAUCUCCCCAAGGGCCAAAUAUGCAUUCUUCCAUUGUAGGGCAAAAAUAAGAAUUUUUGUUUGAAAUUGUUUGCCUUUCCUUGCGAGAAGCAAAGCAAGGGAACGUAUGCCUUACUCACACAUUCUGUAUCAUCAUUUUGGGUACAUUUCAAAGCUGCUCUAAAACUUCUCUAAUAGGAACACUUACCUGUUUAUUAAUAAUAUGCAUUUUGUGGGCUAACAGAUCUCAACUUUUUUUUUUUAAAAAAAGUUGCUGCUUUGGGUCUAUAACUGCAAAUAACUGUUUUCAUUGGAAAUAUAAUUAUUGUGCUCUUGUCCUGACCUUUUUAUCUUUGGCUUAACAGUUGUUUCUGCUAAGUGUCAGAGAGAACAUCACUGCUGAAAAGCACCACACGUUUAUCAGCUAUAAAAAUAGCUAAUCACCACAGUCAAGUAGAAAUCCCGAAAGUUAAAAGCUCUCAGCCCAAAAGUGAUUUGUUUUUAUUAUUUUAAAAGGGGGGAAUGAGAAGCCUUAAUCACCUACAUUUUAUGGAUAUGUUCAUGCCAACUGAUAUGAUCACACCAACUGAUCUUGUGCCGUGGCUCAUGAAUGUGGUUAGCGACAUUGGAUUUAGAUAGUGCUUAACUACAAAAUGGUGCCAUAGGAUCACAACCACCACCACCACCACCACCACCACAACAACAUCAUAUGCUCUGCUCUAAGCUUCAGCCAAAUUAGCUUCUUGCAUAGAUGGCAUUAUAUAGUUCAGCGCUGGCUGAAGACCUUCCUCUAUCAACAAGUCUUUUAAUUUUAUUUUUUAAAAUUAUUUGGUUUUACAUAUUUGAAUUUAUAAUCAUACCACAAUACAUACAAAGUUAUAAGAUUCCCAUGAAUCUCUGGACUUCCCACCUUCCCCUCUGAGGGUUCUGUUGUUGAACCUUUUCUACUGCAUCUUUUUUUUAUUAAUUCAAGUUUUUAUAACUCCAUUGUAUCCAUAGUUCUCAUUACAUUACAAGUGUUAUUGUAAUCCUGCUAACGUUUUCAACUGCUUACAGUGGUAUUCAAGGUAAAUUAUAAAUUUCCCCCAUUCCUUAUUAAAGUUUUGGUCUUCCUAGUUCUUGAUCUUUCCGGUCAAUUUUGCCAUUUCGGCAUGGUCCAUCAACUUAAUUUGCCAUUCUUCUCUGGUAGGGACUUUGUCUUCUUUCCAUCUCUGGGCUAACGACACCUGUACAGCUGUCGUCGCAUACAUAAAAAGUCUUUUCUGCUCCCUUGGAAUAUCAGCAACUACAAUUCCUAAUAGAAAAGCCUCUGUUUUUUUUGUAAAAGUUAUUUUAAACCUUUUUUUUCAGUUCAUUAUGUAUCAUUUCCCAGAAUGCUUUUAUUACCUUACAUGUCCACCACAUAUGAUAAAAGGUGCCUUCUUUUUCUUUACAUUUCCAACAGAUAUUUGUACCCGUCUUAUACAUUUUUGGUAACCUACUAGGGGUUAAAUACCAAUGGUACAUCAUUUUCAUUCAACAAGCCUUUUAAGUUGAAAUCUUUCCCAGUCUGCAUCUGUAUUGGAAUUGUUUAAAAUAUUUUUAAAAUACUUUUUUUUAUCACUUUCAGUUUUUGGACAAGUGGACUUCUUCCCAGAUAAGUGUGCACUUUGGAUUUCAGCUUUAAGCAUUUUUAAACAAUAGUUGUUCAGUGCAUACAAAUAAUGAACUGGCCAGAAAUUGAGGUUCCCCUGAAGAACAAUCGUACGUGAUUCAAAUUGCAGGGAGGGCAUCCUUAAAUUGCACCUCUGGCACCUGAGACAUUGAGUGCUUUAUAGAUGAGAAGUACCCCCAUAAAUUUCACCAGAAAAGAAAGCAAGGCCAUAAAUACAGUCAAUGCAAAAUCUAUACAGAACGCAGGAAAACCCAGAAUUAAAUGGGAUUUAAGCGUGAUUUCAUUCUGUUGAGGACACUGGUGCUCAUGUGAAGUUCAAAUGUUUCUGGAAUGUUUAAACCUCCAAUAGAUAUUUAUUCCCUUUGCCUAAUGGAAUAUUUAAGUAGAUUGUUCCUGAUUUUUAUUCUCCUUUGAACAUUGUGCGAGUACCUUCCACCUUAGUGUUGUGUUUAAAUGGUAAAAGUAUAACCCAAAACAAAAUGUUGUGAGUUCAUAUAAUUCACCAUUCUUUACUUGGCUUUAAAUCCACCAUCGCUUGAUCCAAGCACUAAUAUCCUCAAAGAAAUUCUUCCUAUAAUUAAAAAUGAGGCAACACAGACUUCUCCGUUUUCAACAGUAUGCUGUUUUAUGCAUUCUUGCAGUUAAUAACUUAUUCCAGGUAUUAAAUCUGUCACAUUCCUUUUACUUAGACCAGUGGUGAAGAAUUUAUAGCAGGAGACCCAGAUGUGACCCAGCAAUUUGAAAACAUAUCAGAGAUAUGAAUCCAAUUAGUUCCUGUCCAAAUGCUGACAUAUAUACUCUGUAUCAAUAUGUGACAUCUGAACAAGUAAUAUUUAAUACCAAACUCAAAGUGAUGGCAAAAAUGAAAACACGGGCAUUACUUAACACUCACUUUCUGAUCGCAGUUCACUCUUGAAAAAAAGUAUGUUGACUUGCCACGCUUGACUUAGAUGCCAGGAGAUAAUAUUAUUUGAAAUUUUUGACCAGAGAACAGAAAUUUUGCUUUUCCCUUUCCAUUCUGACCCGCUGCCCCCAACAUAUUCCACCUACAGAUUUAACAACAAAAGCAGAUAACUUUCACACACAUCAACAGCUAUCAUGCAGUACAAUGGGGGGAAAAACUGAUAUAUUUCUGCCCAUUAACAAAGCCAAUGAAAAGAGCCUUUCUGACAUAAGCACAUUUUGUUAAAAAAAUGCACACAGUUUUCAUGGAUGCUUAUUUUAUUUUCAUCUGCAAAGUCUAUCAGCAUUUACUGAAAUUUUGUAAUAAUGAAAGUACAAAUCAAUUUCCAGCAGAAAAGCAACUAACGACAGCUUAUUACAAAACUUCAACAAAUGCUGAUAGGCUUUGCAGAUUUUUUCCCCCCGAAUAAAAGGAGUAUCAAUAAAAACUGAAUAUUUUUUUAAAAAAGAAAAUGUGUUUAUGUCAGAAAUGGACUUCUCAUUGGCAUUUUUUAAUGGGCAGAAAUAGACCCGUCCCCUGCCCUUGUACUGCAUGAUAGCUGUUGAUGUCUGUAAAAGUUAUCUGCAAGUUACAGGAUGUGGCUUAGCACUGAUGGUUCUUAAAAACUGGGACGGAUGAGGGUCAACAAUUCUAGCCACUGUGUUGGGAAUCAGGUAGAGGCAGGGAUUUGGUAAUUAGAAAGAGAAGCCCGGAACAACUGCAAAAAGUAGAAAGGCACAGUCUAUAUGCUUCAAGGGCAGACACAGUUAUCUGAUAAUAUCAGAAGAGGAAAGAGAGAUUGUUGAGAAUUGUGCUUAAUUUUUUGGUAGUAUAUUAUAAAAUCACUUUGAGAUGCUUCAUAGGAAGCAAUUCACAAGUGAAAUAAAUACAGUGGUGCCUCGCAAGACGAAAAGAAUCCGUUCUGUGAGUCUCUUCGUCUAGCGGUUUUUUUGUCUUGCGAAGCAAGCCCAUUGACGGAUUAGCGGAUUAGCGCUAUUAGCGCUAUUAGCGGCUUUUAGCGGCUUUUAGCGGCUUUUAGUGGCUUUUAGCGGCUUAUCAGCUUAUCGGAUAAGCAGAUAAGCGGCUUAGCGGCUUAGAAAAAGGGGGGGAAAGGGAAAAAAACCUGCAGGAACUCGCAAGACAUUUUCGUCUUGCGAAGCAAGCCCAUAGGAGCUUCGUUUUGCGAAGCACCUCCAAAACGGAAAACUCUUUCGUCUAGCGAGUUUUCCGUCUUGCGAGGCAUUCGUCUUGCGGGGCACCACUGUAAUCAUUUACAAGUGCUGCUUAAUGUUCUUUUUGAACUUGUAAGAAAGCAAUCCUUUAGUGUGGCAGUACCCGUCAAUUACAGUUGUACCUUGGUUCUUGAACAGAAUCUGUUCCGGAAGUCUGUUCGACUUCUGAAAAUGUUCAAAAACCAAGGCGUGACUUCUGAUUGGCUGCAGAAGCUUCCUGAACUCAAUUGGAAGCCGCAGAAGCAACGUCGGGCAUUCGGGUUCCAAAGAAUGUUCGCAAACUAGAACACUGACUUCCGGGUUUGCGGUGUUUGGGAGCCAAAACGUUCGAGUCGCAAGGCGUUCGACAACCAAGGUACGACUGUAUACUCUUCCACCCAACACACACAGAUAGAGGUUCUUGCUUGGAAGCAAGAAAGAUCUUCAUUCAGACAAGUAACAGUACAGGCUCAGCAGCAAACACAGUACUCGGGGGGUCAUGAUUCAGGAGCAGGCCAUGAGGUUCAGAACUGGACAGAAGUCACGAACAUGUCCCAACAAGUUCUCCCACCCUCCGGCCGUGUUUUUAAAGACAAUGCACCACCAUGUUUACUCAAGAGAUUCUCUCCCCUUGUGAGAAUAUCAAGAUUGCAAGCACAUGCUCUGUUGGGGAGGGUGGGUCAUCUUCCAUCUGUGAUGGUGACGCCUGGUUCUAGGAAAGAAAACUCACCCUCCUGCUCAGGCUGCUUUCCCGUCACUGCCGCUGCCUAUUCAGCCUCCCCAGGCAGCCGAUCAAAUCCCUUGCCAGCCUCCAUUGAGGCUUUCCGCUUCGCAGUAAAAUCAGAAUGGGAAGCCAGCAUCCUUGUUUCCUUUUCCAAAGUGACUGAAAUCUGGAUGGACCCUUAUAGCAAUUUCAUCAGAAUAAAUUCAGGCGUGUAAGCAUUAUACAUAUGAUGGUAGACUUUAUUGUUCUUCCUCUGGUCAACCAAAAGCAGCCAGUGUCACCCCCCCAAAAAAAAACCUCUUAAAAAAGGUAAUGUUCUAUGUACUGAGGCUCUGAAACUGUUUCUUUGAGUUCCUGGAGGAACAAGAACAUUUUGUUAUGUUCCAGUCAUAGUCAAAUGCCUCAGCCUAGAGAUUGCAGCUUUGACUUUUGAUUUUUAAGAGGACAGCGGCAUGCUUUUUGACAGCAAGGUAAACUAUAAUAAGAUAUUGUCCUCUCUAUCAUCAGAGGGGGAAAAUUACAAGCUUCCAAAAAGGGGAGGGAGAAGCAGUAUUGCGGGCAAAACAGCAAUAGAGGAAAAACCUGCUGUGAAGUAUUUCAUUUUUGUGAUUCUUUUAACAAUUUACAGAAGAAAUAGCACAUAAUGGAAGUUUGGUUUUCUUAUGGGAGCCAUAAAUAAAAUAGUGGUAUAAUCAAAAGGACAGAAGAAGAAAGACACUUCUGAUAUUUAAUUCUUAUUUACGUUCACCUCCAUAAUUUAUGGCUUGCAGGGAAACGUGGAAGGUUACAAAAUACAAUAACUCAACCUCCUGUGUGUUUUCCUGCUGCACCCUGCCUGUUAAAGCUUUCCAAAGCUUGAACCUGCUGCUUUAAUUUACUGCUUUCUACCCAGUGAUUAGAGUGGGGUUUGAAAAGGUCUUCAGAAAAAGUGGUGAGCUUUCCGUAGGAUUUGUUACUGGAGCUUGUUCAUCUCUCUGAUCAAUAGCGCGCUGCAAGUCUAGGUCUCUUGCAUGGUCUCCUGAGGAUGCUCACUUCAGCUCAGGGAACUUUCCAAUGAUUUCAUCUCAGAGAGAGAGGUUUUCAUGUAAAGGAGAAAGAGCAAAAGAGAGAGAGAAUGUUUGUGUGUUGCAAUGUGUGUGUGUGUGUAUUCCUAGACACAGCUCUCUGCAGUUCACUAAAACAAAGCAAUCUUCCUCCAAGCCACAUAUUUAGUACAUUGAAGUCACAGUUAAUUAAAUAUUUCAAGUGGAAUGUGCGCAUAUUUAAGAACACUGGAAUCUGCCUUAUACCUAACCAGGCCAUUGGUACAUCUAGCCCAGUGUUGCAGACACUGGGGUGAGCGACUGAAGAAUCUCAAAGGUGUUCUGGAAGUCAUUGCUCUUCCCAGAGAUCCAUACAAUCUGUCCCUGCUGGGUAGGGAGAGAGAAGGAGGUGUCAGAAAGAGACAUAAUGAAAAGGGGGUGACGUAAAGGAAAUCAGAGAAAGAAAAGGCGGCAUCUGCUGCUGCCGGAGCCAGCUUGCUCAGCACCCAGCAUGCUGUUCUCAACACAUGGUCUGGAAUGUGAUCCUCAAUCGGAGGAAAAAGAUCCCCUGGUCUACACUAGGGCUGGGCAAUAUCUGGUUUUCAACAUCGCAAUAUAUCACCAGCUAAACAUCACAAUAUACUGAUAUAUCACAGUGUCUAAAAUAAGGAUGGAAUUAUGUAGAGGCAUUGACUGGCUUCAUGGUUUUUCCCACAUUGUGAUUUUUGCAUAGCACACACACAUUUUAUGAUUCACAAUAUAUUGCCAGGUCAGAAAUGAUGAAACCAAUAUAAUGAUAUGGACUUGAAGCCAGUUUUGGACAAUAUAUCUCCCAGCCCUAACAUGAUUCGCGAUACAUUGCCAGGUCAAAAACUAUGAAACCAAUAUCACGAUAUAGACUUCAAACUGGUUUUGGACAAUACAUUGAUAUAUUGCUGAGCCCUAGGCUACAGUGACUGGCAGCAGCUCACGAGAUUUUGGAGUGAUAUGGGGGCAGGGAGAUAGUUUCCCCUAUGCAAAACAUGUGGCUUACUACUAACCUAUAAACCUGCAUUCACAAUAAAAACAGAUGAAUUUCAAGGAUGUCCAAAUACAUACAUUUCUUGGUUGGGGUGUCUUACACCAAUGAAUGCUGACAAUCCCAUUUGGAUGACUGUCAACAUUCACUAGUGUAUUGCUGAGCUCUCAGGUCCUUGUGAAAUUCAGCUGGGAAGAUGGUCAAUAUUCACCAGAUUUUGGACAUUAGCUGUAACAUCUAAAAUUACUGAACCGUAUAAAGAGUGAAAGGAUGAGCUGUAGGGAGGAUUAAGCUAUGUCUCACCUUUCAGAAUGAUUGCCUACUGUAGUAGAUUAUAGAUUAUAAAGCUGUAGCCUAAAGCAUAAAAUGGAGAACAUGAAUGGAGUUUGAUUUUGUGUGUAUGGCAGCUAAAGGAAACGAUAAACUAUACUCCACCAACGUACUCCUUCCAAUAAUGAAAUAUCGACAACCAUGACUGCAUAAAUUAAGAUUAUUAUUAUUAUUUGCCUAAUACUCCUAUAACAAACAUUAGAUCUUGGCUGUAUAAUUUUGAUUUUUCUUUCACAGAAUUUAAGGCAACCAUAUACUAAUGCAAAGUGCAUUAGUUCCAUGUGGUUUGUGCACAGAAUUCCGCCCCCACUAUCAGUUGAAGCACUUAUAUAGAUUUCACUGCCAAACAGUAUAGGAUUUAUAGAAUAGAAUGAUUGCCACUGAUCUGCUCCAGGUUGAUGGCUCUAGUUGGCAGAAUAUUCUAACAGAGAACGGCACUGAGAAUAUUUAUAAUCGCAUUAUAUCCCAUUGCCAAUCUCUUUGGGGUUUCUGAAAUAAAGAUACUACAAUGCAGUUGGGAAGAAAAAGCUAAAUCAUUAUUUUUACCCCCUGCCUCAUGUUUCAGUAUGAUGUCAACGUUUUCGAGUGGGGAACCCCCACAACAAAACUUUCCUUUGUACAAGGCAGUGAAAGGAAUUUACUUGCUGAUAAGGCUUCAGCCCAGUGUACCUUUCUGCGCCCCACCCUAUUUGCUAUUUUUCUCUUCCAUGUUGAAUUAUUUGUGUUGAUUUUCCUUUUGGUAGCUCAUUCACCCAAUGAAUCAUUCCAAAGCCAGAGAAAUAUCAUAAGAUGCACCUGUUUUGACGAGAGCUGUCUCUCUUCGUUAUAAGUUCCAGAGAAAUCAAUAAAUAUAACACUGAUAGCAGCAAUCAUUUACAUUUACCUCAGGAACUUUCCCUUUUAAUCCAAAUAGAUAGAUUUCUUUCAAGUUUGCCAGGGAAGCUAUCAUAAGCAGAUAAGCCAAACCCUUCACAAGGAGAGCGAAGGAGGAGAUUGUAAGUAACUGAUGUCAUUUGGCAUAAGACGCUAGAAUUUAAACUUGGCAAUAUUGUGUGUUCACCCUAUAGGCAUUUAUGAGCACCAUCUAUUGGCAUUUACUGCACCAUUACACUGUAAAUUGAUCACCUCACAUGGAUGCAUGUUUUGUGAAGAUUAUGAUAUUGUAAGAGGCAGCCAUUCUGCUGUACAUUCAAUGGCCAUUUGUCCAUAAAACCAAACAGAACGCAGUGUGUGGUCUCGAGCCAUUUUAAAAGUGUUUAUACCCUGCAUGGUAGAGAUACUGUUAAAACAAAAAAAUAAAGAAAGCAAGCAGAGAAAACAAACCUUCAGUUCACUUUGUGCCAGGGACUGACAGGACUCUGAUGAGUGUGUGUCUGAGGCAUGGAGGCUGGGGACUGACCAGCAAUUUAUGGGGUUUGGUGCCACUCAUGAGGCAGGAGCCAGGGAGGGGGUAAGAGGAUGAGUCAGAGCAGCCAGAGGCAGAAGAGGGGGCACAGGAUGUGUUGGACGCAGAAGAAAAGGCUGCUCUGGCAAGGGACAGACCAGUCAAAUCCCCGCUCCACUUUCUCUUAGAACCAGAAGUAUCCCAUCAGAUGAGGGCACAUAAGCUGAGGCAGGGGGCAUUGUAAAGAGAUAAAGGCUUCCCGGGAAAUGACAUAUAAUGAGUUAAAGAAAAUGUUUAAAAAUACUUUUAUUUAAAAACAAACAAACCCAGAAGCCUUUUUACUGGGUAUAGUAGGCAAAGAGAUUCCAAAAAAAGAUAAAAGAUUGUUCAUGUAUGCAACAACAGUGGCAAUAAUCCUUUUAGCCCCAAAAUGGAAACAACAAGAAGUACCAACGAAAGAAGAGUGGCAGAUGAAGAUGAUGGACUUUGUGGAACUGGCGAAGCUGACGGGAAAAAUCUGAAACCAGCACGAUCAAGUAUUCCAAAAAGACUGGAGUAAAUUUAUCCAAUAUUUGAAAGGCCAUUAUAAGCAAUUAACAACACUAGCAGGGUUAUCUGAAGACUUGUAAUGAGAAAUUUUUUACUUUUCUACAUUUAUUACAUUUUGAGGUAUUUUGUAAUAAGUUAUAGUAGAACUGGAAAAUAUAUAAAAUACUGUGAUAUAAAGGUUACUUUUAAAAGCCAAGAGGUGGGAGGGAAGGAAGUCAACAGGCUCUAAACAGCCAAAGAAGUAAAGUGGAUAAUAACGAUGUGAUUAUAUAUGUUUAAAUGGAAAAUUAAUACAAAAUAAUAAUAAUAAUAAUAAUAAUAAUAAUAAUAAUAAUAGAAUUACUAUCAGCCAUGUGCCUUCCUUAGUUAUGGGGUGCUCCGGAUACUUUGUAAAUACAAUGAAUGAACCAGCCCUUGAAAAGUUUUGUAGCUCUGCAGGCUAAAUGGCAGAUUGAUGGUUUGUUCCAAGGACUGCUUCAAUGAGGCAAAUGAGGGUUCUUAGCAAAAACGGGACUGGAAUGAACUUCUCUGAUAUCUCUAACCCAGCUGGAAAUGAUGGUGGUGACAAUCCAAUGUGGGUUUCCGACGUUGGCCUGGUGAACACUGGGAUUUCAUGGAAAUUGAUCAUGGGUUUCUUCAGUGAAAUGAAAAGUAAUGGCGGACAAGUUUCUCUGAUAACUUGCCUACCUCUAAUGAGGGAAGUGUUGGAUGUAGUCAGCUGGGUACAGUGAGGCAGCUGAUUUGGGGUGUCAUGAAAGAUAAGCAAAUUUGUAUUUAUUCAUUUGUAGUUUCAUUACAUGCAGGGAGAGAGGCAUUUGUGGGAUUUUCUUUCUCAGACUUAAAAAGAGUGGCCUUCUAUAAAAAGGGUGGCCUUCUAUAUUAUACAUCUCCACAGGGCAUGAGAUGGUGACGUUUCUCUCUGCCUCAGGUAGCAAAAUAUUUUGGGCCUGUCCUGUAUGUGACCUACAUGUGACUCCCAGUUCGUGAGGGGAACAACACCCAGCUUGAACAUUCUCUAGAAACUUCUGCAAUGCAUAGGUUUCUUAUUUGCAGUCAUGCAGGACUUCUUUGACAGAUGAUUUGGAAAAGGUUCUCUCAAGCUAGAGAGCCUGAAAACAAAUGGGCUAGAAUGCAUUCAAGGUGUGUAACUCACUAUGAAUGCAUGAGAAAAUGGUCUGCGAUAAACAUACCUUCACCACAAUGUGUUCUGCAGGUUAAAUUUGUGGUUUUUGUAAUCCACUGUAAGCCAUUAACACAAAUUAAAGAAGUAAUGUUGGUGAAAAAAGAACGUGCAACUUGUUUAAACAAAAUGGUAGCCAGGAGUGGGAUGGAAUAGAAGAUAAAUAGGUGUGGGAAGUUGUAGCAAAGGAAUUACCACUCAGUGUAGCUCUGCUUGUUUUGCUCUCCAGGGCUGAGAAUGGAUGACACAUAGUCCUGUUUAUUUACAUUUAUUUUCUGUUUUGAAAGACAGGCAGAGAAGCAAAAUAAUAUGAGAGCCUACUCAAAUGCCUGCUAAAUUUCCCCUUAAAUUGAAUUUCUCAUUUUAUCAGAGAGCAAUACUUGCACUGAUGUUAGACAGGCAGCUAAAAGGUCAACAAGUUCCCUUGGUUGCCUUUUGUCAAGGGUUUUUGACUUGUCUGUGAAUAAAGAUCUCCCAGGAGGGAGGCAGACCUGAAUUUCCUGUCAUCCUGAAGACAGCAAUGAAUUUGAAAAUGUUACAAAAAGCAUAAGGGACUUCCAGCACACCUUCAAAUGCUCUGUCGAUGCCAAUAGCCUCUCAUGUAAACAUGUACACAGAGUUGUUUUGGAUUUGUUCUGUCAACUUUUGGUUGUGAAACAAAUUGUUGUACAGCUGCCCACCAUGAAUGAGAAUGAGCCUCGGAUGUUUUUCAUUACUGCGCUGAGAUUAAUAAGAACACAGAAGCGACGGCGCAUUGAGCUCAGAAUCCUCUCACUGACAGUUCGCAGGACUGAAGCUUUGAAAGAGAGAAUAUUGUGAGACCCGGGACACUGACAGAGCAGGCUGGUUCCUAGGGACCAUUGCUAGUUCCAAUUUGCCUAAGGCCACUCUUUGCAAGACACAGUUCUUGCUUUCCGUAUUCCUAACAUUUUCAAAGACAGUCUACUGGCCCGCAUUAUGUGCAUAUUAUGCACAGCUUGUACCUUAUUUUGAGAAAGCUUUGCUUGUUUUCCAGCUACAGGACCAGCCUUGUGAUGAGGCAGAGGGAGGCAGCUGCCUCAGGCAGCAAAUGCUGAGGUUGCGAGGAAUGGCCAGAGCUGCAAGUGCCAUGUGACCUACUCUGUACCCUGCUAACCUAGCCCACUGCCUUCAAAGGAAGUGGAAGAGACAAUGUUUUCACCAGCACAGGAGCAAGAUUCAACCACCAAUCCAAUUGGCUUCUGUGUGUGCCUUAAGGGAGAGCGCCAUCUUGCCCAUUACCCAAGGCAGCAAAAUGUCUUGAGCUGGAUCUGUGCAGCUGUUACUGCCUUGUGGCCUUUGUAGCUUAACAAGGAUCUGGGGUGACUGUGGCCAAACAAACCAUGGUUAAGGAAGGAUGCUAGGUUUGCACAAAGCACCAGGCCAUUGCUGAAACAAACCAACGUUCAUAAGCCAACCACAAACCAGGGCUUAUUGUGGUUUGUUGGCAGUAACUGAGACAUAAUUAAGCAGCAGUGCUAUGCAUGUUGGUGUUGCCAGCACUAUGUAUGUUCGAUGCCAGUCCUCUCUUGAACAUUCCCAUAUGCUUUUGGCCAUAACCCUGUUCCAGUCCCAAAGGAGCAGAGAUGCAGUGAGAUGAUUACAUGUGAGCAUACCAACUGGGUACAAUAAGUGUGGAACAGGAUCAUAUUUGCCCAUUCUGUGCCCAUCCUGCCCUGAUUUCAGAAUGUUUGCUGUAACCUCUACACGUCAAAGAUCAAAAGUCUGAUCUUUACUCAUAAGAAGCAGGGUGUUGUGGCCCAUCCCAGAUAAGGAAGGCACAUGUCUGAUAAUUAACACAUUAUGGCAAGAGAAACACAGUAGCUUCCAUAGCCCCUCCUGAUUCUAGGAGACAGUAGUCUGGGGGAAGGUAUGGAAUCUACUGACCUGUCCCUCACCUGAUCUGCCCCUUCACCUUCCGCCAUAUUCUGCUCACCUUCCUUGGACUGCCCUGACUCUCCCUCCUGUCCUGGAGCGAGUGGUGCUGUGGUCUAAACCACUGAGCCUCUUGGGCUUGCUGAUCGGAAGGUCGGCAGUUCAAAUCCGUGAGACGGGGUGAGCUCCCGUUGCUCUGUCCCAACUCCUGCCAACCUAGCAGUUCGAAAGCAUACCAGUGUGAGUAGAUAAAUAGGAAGGUAAAUGGCAUUUCCAUGCACUCUGGUUUCCAUCACGGUGUCCCGUUGCGCCAGAAGCGGUUUAGUCAUGCUGGCCACAUGACCCAGAAAGCUGUCUGUGGACAAACGCUGGCUCCCUCAGCCUGAAGUGAGAUGAGUGCCGCAACCCCAUAGUCGCCUUUGACUGGACUUAACUGUCCAGGGGUCCUUUACCUUUUUUUGUUGUUACCUACCUCCCUGGCUCCUGCCUUGGGCGUGGUGUGACACCCCAUAAAUCACUGGCUCCCUCUUCUGGGUCACUCCCCUGGUCCCCUGCUUCCUCCACACACUCUUCGGAGCCCUGCCAGUCCCUGUCAUGGGGGGAGGCGUUUCACAUGCACAGUGUCUACAUCAGGGGUCGGCAGCCUAAGGCCCAUGGGGCACAACUGGCCCACGGGGGUCGUUUUACUGCCCCCCGAGCUGCCCCCAAACCGAGCCGCCCGCUUGGCUAGUCCCCAUGCGCUGCGCUAAACCAGCACAGUGCGGUGCGGGGACUUGCUUCCGUGGCGCCGGAAAACGUGUCUGCGCAGACGCAGAUGCCGGAAAACGUGUCUGCGCAGAUGCAGAUGCCGGAAAACGUGUCUGCACAGACACCAGUGCCGGAAAUCGCGUGCGCACGCAGUCACGCGUGCCCGCAAUCCAGCCCACAGAGGGGACUCCGUGGCAGUGAGUAAGCCUUGCUGACACCUGGUCUACACAGAUACAGAGUAAGGCAAACACAUGGAGACCCGAGCAGGAAUGCAGUAGCACUACCCUAAUGCCCCAUCGCGAGUUGACUGUAAUGAGAUUGCUGAGAAUGGGGCUAAAACAUAUAAUUCAGCAAGUACCACCUUAUUCAUUCAUGCUGAUUAAUUAUAUCUACUCUGCCAAUCCUGGCAUUACCAAUGUAAUGAACAGACAAUGUGAAGUUGCAGGUGAUGGGUUGCACUAAUGUUAGCCAUACUUGGAGCAGACUCAGUGAAAUUAAUGGACAUGACUAAGUUAGGCCCAUUAAUUUAAAUGGGUCUAUUCUGAAGGUAACUUAGUUGGAUGCAACCUAUUACAGAGACUGAUGGCCACUGAGUCCAUGCCAUGGCAGAGGCUCCAUAUAGAAUGCUUUGCAAAACAUGAUCUGUACCUGUCCAUUUUCUGUCAAACCAUCUUCCUCUGACUGCUAGGCUGCUCACGUCCUCUGCUCAGCGGCUGCCACUGUACUUAUUAACUGCAUUGAUAGUUAACUUAAAACAGCCUCAGAUCAGGAAUCAAGACAAAAAGAAAAAGCUGUUUCAUCCAUGCGGUGUGUUAAUCUUUCCAAGCAGAUCAUGAAUUACAUUCCCGAAAAGAGCGACAUGGCAAGAGUUAUCGUUUUCCUUCGGGCCUGGAGGAAGUUCUAUCUUUCUGAGAGACAAACCAGGGAAGGCUUGCUAAUCAUUCAUUUUGGUUUCAAAAUUCACCGUUGUCAAUAUCGUUAA